AUGGGCAACGCAUGCGGCAGCUACCUUAGAUCCAAGUACUUGCACAGCUUCAAGCACGCCGCGUCGCAGCGCCACGACUCCGACUACAGCGCCACCAGCGCCGUCGCCGACGACUCGCCCAGGAAGCAGCCCACCACGCCGCCCGCCACCACGGACGCCCACGCGCCGCCGCCGCCCGCGCCCGCCGCCGCCGCCGCAGCCAUGAGGCGCGGCGGGGCGGGCGCGACGCCCGACCUCGGGUCCGUGCUCGGCCACCCCACCCCCAACCUCCGCGACCUCUACGCGCUCGGCAGGAAGCUCGGGCAGGGGCAGUUCGGCACCACCUACCUCUGCACCGAGCUCGCCACGGGGGUCGACUACGCCUGCAAGUCCAUCUCCAAGCGUAAGCUCAUCACCAAGGAGGACAUCGACGACGUGCGCCGCGAGAUCCAGAUCAUGCACCACCUCUCGGGGCACAAGAACGUCGUCGCUAUCAAGGGCGCGUACGAGGACCAGGUCUACGUCCACAUCGUCAUGGAGCUCUGCGCCGGAGGCGAGCUCUUCGACCGGAUCAUUCAGCGCGGGCACUACAGCGAGCGCAAGGCCGCCGAGCUCACCAGGAUCAUCGUCGGGGUCGUCGAGGCCUGCCACUCGCUCGGGGUCAUGCACCGGGACCUCAAGCCUGAGAACUUCCUGCUCGCCAACAAGGACGAUGACCUCUCGCUCAAGGCCAUCGAUUUCGGACUCUCUGUCUUCUUCAAGCCUGGUCAAGUUUUCACCGAUGUUGUUGGUAGCCCAUAUUAUGUGGCUCCAGAAGUUUUGUUGAAAAGUUAUGGACCAGCAGCUGAUGUAUGGACAGCCGGUGUCAUUCUUUACAUUCUACUAAGUGGUGUGCCUCCAUUUUGGGCAGAAACACAGCAAGGAAUAUUUGAUGCUGUAUUGAAAGGUGUCAUUGAUUUUGAUUCUGACCCGUGGCCCGUCAUAUCUGAUAGUGCAAAAGAUCUUAUAAGAGGAAUGCUGAAUCCUCGCUCUGCCGAGCGCUUAACAGCACACGAAGUUCUAUGCCAUCCAUGGAUUCGUGAUCAUGGAGUAGCUCCUGACCGUCCACUGGAUCCAGCUGUCUUAUCUCGCAUUAAGCAAUUCUCUGCAAUGAAUAAGUUGAAGAAAAUGGCUUUGCGAGUAAUAGCUGAGAGCCUAUCAGAAGAGGAAAUUGCGGGUUUGAAGGAAAUGUUCCAGACCAUGGACACUGACAACAGUGGCGCAAUUACUUACGAUGAGCUAAAAGAAGGAUUGAGAAAAUAUGGCUCCACACUAAAGGACACUGAGAUUCGUGAUCUUAUGGAAGCAGCUGAUAUUGACAACAGUGGAACAAUUGACUAUAUAGAAUUCAUUGCUGCAACUUUGCAUCUCAAUAAGCUGGAGCGCGAGGAACAUCUUGUGGCAGCCUUUUCAUAUUUCGACAAAGAUGGUAGUGGCUAUAUCACAGUGGAUGAACUACAGCAAGCUUGCAAAGAGCAUAACAUGCCAGAUGCUUUUCUUGAUGAUGUCAUCAACGAAGCUGAUCAAGACAAUGAUGGCCGCAUUGACUAUGGAGAGUUUGUUGCCAUGAUGACCAAGGGCAAUAUGGGAGUCGGUCGAAGAACAAUGAGAAACAGCUUGAAUAUCAGCAUGAGGGACGCACCUGGUGCAUUCUGA